UUUGGAGCUGCUUAAGCGCAUUUCGUAAGAGGACAUUUGCUUAGGGGGAACGCAGGAAGAAUAUUCACGUCUUCGGGGGGGAAGCAAAGCACGGACACCGGAAGGUGGCCGUCAGUCCGAGGCGAAUCGAUAAGACCUAAAGGCAAAGCAGUAUCGGGGUUGUGAACGCGAUUUUGGUGACGUCAUCGCUUAUCGCGAGAUCUGGGGUUCGGCUGGUUCUAGCUGUACUACCCAGCGCAGUGAGCAAGAGGAGGAGGAGGUGGCGGCGGCAUAGAAGUCAUGAUGAUGAUGGAACCGCCGUUACCGCCAGCGCCACAGGAACAGCAGCAGCCACCGCCUAGUGGGACCGAGGAGGGGGAAGGAGGCCCAGAGAAGCCCCAAGUGACCAAUGGCAAUCCCGUCCCGGCCAGCGAAGCUCCUAGUGAGCUCAGCAAGUCUGCCCGAGGCCUGGCCAGGAUGUGCGACCUGCUGCUGAAGAAGAAGCAACAGAGGCAGCAGCAGCGGAGACAGCAAGGGGCUGGAGCUUCUCCUGUCUCACCCACUGGGGCCGGACUGUCUGGGAGGAACAGGCGACAAAAAAGGAGUAGGAGUAGCCGCACGGCCAGCAGCAGCGAUACAGAGAAGAGCAGCGAGAGUGGCGGCAGUAGCAGUAGCCAAGAGGAGGAAGAAGUGUCCGAGGUGGAAUCCUUCAUUUUGGAUCAAGAUGAUCUGGAAACCCCAAUGCUGGAGACUGCUUCAAAACUCCUUUUAUCUGGUACAGCUGACGGAACAGAUUUAAGAACCGUAGACCCCGAGACGCAAGCUAGACUGGAGGCUCUGCUUGAAGCUGCAGGAAUUGGUAAAUUAUCCACUGCUGAUGGUAAAGCCUUCGCAGAUCCUGAAGUACUCCGUAGAUUGACCUCUUCGGUCAGCUGUGCGUUGGAUGAAGCUGCUGCUGCACUUACAAGAAUGAGAGCUGAGAGCACCUCAAAUGCAGGGCAGACGGACAACCGCAGUUUGGCAGAAGCUUGCUCUGAAGGGGAUGUAAAUGCUGUGCGGAAAUUACUUAUUGAAGGGCGAAGUGUUAAUGAGCACACAGAAGAAGGAGAGUCCCUCCUCUGCCUUGCAUGUUCAGCUGGAUAUUACGAACUGGCACAGGUUCUUCUGGCAAUGCAUGCUAAUGUUGAAGAUCGUGGAAUAAAAGGAGACAUAACGCCUUUGAUGGCUGCUGCUAAUGGGGGACAUGUUGAGAUUGUGAAGUUGCUGCUAGCCCACGAUGCAGAUGUUAACUCCCAGUCAUCCACAGGAAACACAGCACUUACAUAUGCCUGUGCCGGUGGCUAUGUGGAUGUUGUAAAGGUGCUGCUGGAAUCAGGUGCUAGUAUCGAGGACCAUAAUGAAAAUGGUCACACGCCUCUAAUGGAAGCAGGAAGUGCUGGGCAUGUGGAAGUGGCCAGGGUUCUCCUGGAGAAUGGAGCAGGAAUCAAUACUCAUUCCAAUGAAUUUAAGGAAAGCGCACUUACUUUAGCGUGUUAUAAAGGGCAUUUAGAAAUGGUAAGAUUCCUCCUGGAGGCCGGAGCUGAUCAAGAACAUAAAACAGAUGAAAUGCACACUGCCUUAAUGGAAGCUUGUAUGGAUGGACAUGUGGAGGUAGCUCGGUUGCUUCUUGACAGUGGAGCCCAGGUAAAUAUGCCAGCAGACUCUUUUGAGUCUCCACUCACCUUGGCAGCUUGUGGUGGUCAUGUGGAGCUGGCAGCCUUACUUAUUGAACGUGGUGCUAACCUGGAGGAAGUAAAUGAUGAAGGCUACACACCUCUCAUGGAAGCAGCAAGGGAAGGCCAUGAAGAAAUGGUGGCGUUACUGCUAGGGCAAGGUGCAAAUAUCAAUGCGCAGACAGAGGAGACUCAAGAAACUGCCCUUACACUUGCCUGUUGUGGAGGGUUUUUGGAGGUAGCAGAUUUUCUAAUUAAAGCAGGAGCAGAUAUUGAGCUUGGUUGCUCCACCCCUUUAAUGGAAGCUGCUCAAGAAGGGCAUUUAGAGUUGGUCAAAUACUUGUUAGCUGCAGCAGCCAAUGUUCAAGCAACAACUGCAACAGGUGACACUGCUCUGACUUAUGCAUGUGAAAAUGGGCAUACUGAUGUUGCGGAUGUGUUGCUUCAAGCUGGUGCAGACUUGGAACAUGAAUCUGAAGGAGGAAGAACUCCUUUAAUGAAAGCUGCAAGAGCUGGUCAUGUCUGUACCGUUCAGUUCCUCAUAAGCAAGGGGGCAAAUGUGAAUAGGACAACACUCAAUAAUGAUCAUACAGUGUUGUCUCUUGCCUGCGCUGGAGGACAUUUAGCUGUUGUAGAACUGCUUCUGGCUCAUGGAGCUGAUCCAACGCACAGAUUAAAGGAUGGUUCCACAAUGCUGAUUGAAGCUGCCAAGGGAGGACACACUAGUGUAGUUUGUUACCUGUUGGAUUAUCCCAGUAACCUCCUCUCUGCACCCCCACCCGAUGUCACACAGUUCACCCCACCUUCCCAUGACUUAAACCGGGCUCCUCGUGUACCAAUGCAGGCACUGCCAAUGGUCGUACCACCCCAGGAACCAGACAAGCCCCCUGCCAAUGUCGCCACAAAUCUUCCCAUCAGAAAUAAAGCUACUUCUAAACAGAAGCCCAGUGGCCAUGUGCCAGACGUGCAGGACGUGCAGGGGUACAUCAGCAGUCAGUCUCCAGAGAGUAUUGUAGAAGAAGCUCAGGGGAAAUUGACUGAGCUGGAGCAACGAAUUAAGGAAGCCAUUGAAAAGAAUGCCCAGUUACAAUCCCUAGAGUUGGCCCACGCUGACCAGUUAACGAAGGAGAAGAUAGAGGAGCUAAACAAAACCCGGGAAGAGCAGAUCCAGAAAAAGCAAAAGAUUUUGGAGGAGCUACAAAAAGUAGAGAGGGAGUUGCAACUUAAGACCCAGCAGCAGUUAAAAAAGCAGUACCUUGAAGUGAAGGCACAGAGAAUACAACUUCAGCAGCAACAACAGCAGCAAUCUUGCCAACAUCUGGGGCUUUUGACUCCUGUAGGGGUUGGGGAAGAGAUCACAGAAGUAGACUAUACACAUUUGCAGCAGGUUGACAGCAUCCUGCUUAAAGAGGACUCCCAGCAGACUGCAGUGCAAAUGGGCUUUGCACCAAUGCAGCCAUUGGCAAUGCCUCAGACUUUGCCCCUGGCAGCUAGCUCAUUAUCCCCUGGACCCAUUGCUAAUCUCACAGAUCUCCAAGGAGUUCUAGCUGGACAGCAAGAGUUGGGUCAAGCACAACUAACAGGGCUGGGACAAAGUGUCCUUGCAGAAACACAAGAAGGGUUAAUGGUAGCCAGUCCUGCUCAGACCCUCACUGAUACGCUGGAUGACAUCAUGGCAGCAGUGAGUGGAAGAACAUCUGCAAUAUCAAACACUCCUACCCACAGCAUUGCAACUUCCAUCUCCCAACCACAGACGCCAACUCCAAGCCCCAUCAUAUCUCCUUCAGCCAUGCUACCUAUCUACCCUUCCAUAGAUAUUGACGCACAGACUGAAAGCAACCAUGAUACAGCUCUCACGCUUGCUUGUGCUGGAGGACAUGAAGAACUUGUGCAAACCCUUCUUGAACAUGGAGCUAAUAUUGAACACCGUGACAAAAAAGGCUUUACACCUCUCAUCUUGGCUGCAACUGCUGGUCAUGUUGGCGUGGUAGAAAUUUUGCUAGACAAUGGUGCAGACAUUGAAGCUCAGUCAGAGAGGACCAAAGACACACCUUUAUCCUUGGCUUGCUCUGGUGGGAGACAAGAGGUUGUAGAGUUGCUUUUGGCUCGAGCGGCAAACAAAGAGCAUAGGAAUGUUUCUGAUUACACCCCUUUAAGUUUGGCUGCUUCGGGUGGUUAUGUCAAUAUUAUUAAAAUCUUGCUUAAUGCAGGAGCAGAGAUAAAUUCCAGGACUGGUAGCAAGUUGGGAAUAUCUCCACUAAUGUUGGCAGCAAUGAAUGGACACACUGCUGCUGUUAAGCUGCUUUUGGAUAUGGGUUCAGACAUCAACGCCCAAAUAGAAACCAAUCGUAACACAGCACUUACUCUGGCAUGUUUCCAAGGGAGAACAGAAGUAGUUAGUUUAUUACUUGAUCGGAAGGCCAAUGUGGAGCAUCGAGCCAAGACUGGUCUUACUCCUUUAAUGGAAGCUGCCUCUGGGGGCUACGCGGAAGUAGGGAGGGUUCUUCUUGAUAAAGGUGCAGAUGUCAAUGCUCCUCCAGUGCCCUCUUCUAGAGAUACAGCACUAACUAUAGCAGCUGACAAGGGGCACUACAAGUUCUGUGAGCUGCUCAUUAGCAGGGGUGCUCAUAUUGAUGUCCGCAAUAAGAAGGGGAACACUCCACUCUGGCUGGCAGCAAAUGGUGGUCAUUUAGAUGUGGUUCAGUUGCUGGUUCAAGCUGGAGCAGAUGUUGAUGCAGCUGAUAAUCGAAAGAUAACACCUUUAAUGGCAGCAUUUAGAAAGGGUCAUGUCAAAGUUGUGCGCUAUUUAGUGAAAGAGGUUAACCAGUUCCCAUCAGACUCUGAGUGCAUGAGAUAUAUUGCAACAAUAACUGACAAGGAGAUGUUAAAAAAGUGCCACCUCUGCAUGGAAUCAAUAGUUCAAGCCAAAGAUCGUCAGGCUGCUGAGGCAAACAAAAAUGCAAGUAUCCUGUUAGAAGAGCUGGAUCUAGAGAAGUUGAGAGAAGAAAGUAGACGCCUUGCUUUGGCAGCAAAACGAGAGAAAAGGAAGGAGAAAAGGCGCAAGAAGAAGGAGGAACAACGAAGAAAACUUGAAGAAAUUGAGGCUAAAAAUAAGGAAAACUUUGAGUUACAAGCUGCACUUGAAAAAGAAAAGCUAAAAACUGAAGAUGAACCUCAAGUUUUAACAGAACCACCUAGUGCAACCACAACAACCACUAUUGGCAUAUCUGCUACAUGGACCACACUUGCUGGUUCUCAUGGAAAACGUAAUAAUACAAUUACCACAAACAGCACCAAAAGGAAAAGCAGAAAAAAUAAGAUCUCCUCAGAUGCAGUGCAAAUAAUUUUUGAGGAUCAGCUCCCUAUAUCAUUUGGACAGCAGGAAAAACUUAAUGGAGAAUCCAAAAGCAGCAGUACCAGUGAGAGUGGGGACAGUGAUAACAUGAGGAUCUCUAGUUGCAGUGAUGAAAGCAGCAACAGCAGCAGUAAGAGUGACAAUCAUUCUUCCAGUAAUGAUACCGCUGUUCAGAGCAAGAAGAAACCUUCUGUUCUUGUGACGUCUCCCAAGGAAGAACGAAAAUUGGUGUCCAGUAAAGCUUCAGUAAAGUUAUCAGAGUCACUAGUUGAAGCCGCUUGUAACUCCUUGUCUACAAACAAAUCUGGACCCACUCCUCUCUCUUCUCCCAAUGGAAAGCUUACAAUAGCAAGUCCAAAGAGGGGACAAAAAAGGGAGGAAGGAUGGAAGGAAGUGGUUAGACGGUCAAAGAAAGUCUCUGUACCAUCAACUGUUAUUUCUCGAGUUAUUGGAAGAGGAGGGUGUAACAUUAAUGCCAUAAGAGAGUUUACUGGUGCACAUAUCGAUAUUGAUAAACAAAAGGAUAAAACUGGUGAUCGAAUCAUAACAAUAAGGGGUGGAACAGAAUCUACGAGACAGGCAACCCAUCUAAUAAAUGCACUCAUAAAAGAUCCUGACAAAGAGAUAGAUGAACUAAUUCCAAAGAACCGUUUAAAAAGCACCUCUGCAAAUUCAAAAGCAGUGUCUUCUUCUUCUGCUACCAUCUCCUCUGUCAGCAGUUCAGUUAUGGGAAUUAAAGUCACUGCUGUCACAGUCUCCUCAACUUCACAAGCUGCCUCUGCCCUCACUGUGCCAGCCAUUUCUUCAACAUCUGCGCACAAAACCUUGAAAAAUCCUGUGAAUAAUGUGCGGCCAGGAUUUCCAGUCUCUCUUCCUUUGGCUUAUCCUCCUCCACAGUUUGCCCAUGCUUUACUUGCUGCCCAGACUUUCCAGCAAAUUCGUCCUCCACGAUUGCCCAUGACACAUUUUGGGGGUACUUUUCCUCCAGCACAAUCCACCUGGGGUCCUUUUCCUGUCAGGCCUCUAAGCCCUGCACGAGCUACCAAUUCGCCUAAGUCUCACGUGAUGCCUCGUCAUUCUAACCAGAAUAUCACUAGCCCUCAGGUGAUCCCAGGAGUCCCUUCGUCAACUAGCCCAACACCUAUCACAAACUCUGCUGUCCCAAGUGUGCCUGUCUCAUCUACUGGGAACCUCAAUUCACCAUCAGUCAGAAGACAGCUUUUUGUCACAGUGGUUAAAACCUCUAAUGCUACUACAACCACAGUUACCACAACUGCGGGUAACCACAUCACAACACCAACAGCCUCCACCUGCCCUGUACCCACUGCCAAAGAACACCACCCUGCAUCCUCUCCUUCUUCACCUUCCCCACCAUCCCUUCCUGGAGGAGGAUCUAGAAGCAGCCCUUCUGAUUGUCUGACAUGUUCUCCAAACAAAGGGACCUCAUUGUCGUCGGAGCAGGAAUUAGGUGCCCAGCCUCUUAUGGAGAUCACAAGUUCAGGCAUCAGUAAACAAGUGAGCUCUACCUCUGGGAGUACCUCAAUGCACUCAGCACAUCCACAGCCUCCAACUUCUGCUUUACAAGAUCCACGGCCUUCAUUAAUGCAGUCACAACCUCCUCCUCCAUCAGAUGCAAGGAUGGCUCCAUCACUUAACCUUGCAGUCAAUGGUCCCUCUCACCAGGCUUCUCCUGUUACUUCCAAUAUACCCUCAUCUUACUCCAUAUCCCAGCCAUCUAUGGUGUCUACUCAGUCUGCUGCUAAAAUGGAAGGCUCUUCAGUAAGGCAACACUUACAUGGAGCAAACACAAAUCACAAAAGCCAGGUCCCUGCACAGAAUUCUCCUGUGGCAACCCUUGUUUCACAUGCAAAUAUUAAACGGCCCCAAAGUUUGCCCUCUUCUGGUCCACAUCCUUCCAGUCUAAGUACACAAAGUGCUGCUCAGAAUUCCAGUCAUCCCUCAAAUAAACCUAUGGCCCAAAAUUUCAGUUCUGCUCUACCAUUUGGUCCUUUUAGCACUCUGUUUGAAAACAAUCCAGCCCCCACACACCCUUUCUGGGGUGGCUCAAUGGUUUCUUCCCAGUCCACUCCAGAUUCCAUUCUUUCCACGCAGUCUUCAUUCUUGCCAAAUCCUGAAUCUAUGCUUCCAUCUGAUACUUCCAAAGCUCCAGGUUUCAGGCCACCAAUGCAGAGGCCAUCUCCAGGUCAGUCAGGUAUUGUGAACAUUGAUUCAUCGUACACAUCUGUGGCAUCAUCCACUACACAUCUGGGUACCUUUGCCUCUAAUUUGUCUGGGGGUCAAAUGUAUACACCAGGAGGUCAGCCUGCAGCUGCUAAUUUUAACAGACAGCAUUUUUCCCCGCUUAGUUUAUUAACACCAUGUUCAUCUGCAUCAAAUGAUUCCUCCUCUCAAGUUGUGGCUGCUAGUGUGCGAGCCCAGUCUCCAUCAUCUUCUGGGGUACCUAUUGUGUCUGAGAAACCAAACUCGGUGCCUCCUGACAGAAAGGUUCCUGUGCCGAUUGGAACAGAGCGCUCAGCAAGAAUACGACAGACUGGCACAUCUACACCUUCCGUUCUUGGGAGCAACUUGGCCACUGCUGUUGGUCACAGUGGAAUUUGGUCUUUUGAAGGAAUGGGGGGAAAUCAAGAUAAAGUCUCUGACUGGUGCCACACGGGAAUGGGAAAUCACAUGAUGCACAGACCUAUGUCUGAUCCUGGAGUCUUUUCUCAGCAUCAAGGAAUUGACCGGGACAACUCUGGCAUUGUACCUGCUUCUGGAGCAUUCCAUCAGCAUGUACCUGCUGGCUACAUGGAAUUCCCAAAAGUUGGGGGAAUGCCUUUCUCCAUGUAUGGGAAUGCAAUGAUUCCUCCUGUAGCCCCAAUGUCAGAUGGUACUGGGGGUCCUAUUUUCAAUGGACCUCAUGCUGCUGAUCCAUCUUGGAAUUCUCUCAUAAAGAUGGUUUCAAACUCCACAGAGAAUGGGCCUCCAACAGUAUGGACUGGAACCUGGACUCCUCAUAUGAACAGUGUGCACAUGAACCAGAUGGGUUGAUUCAGAUUAUUUUGCAAGCAUGGAAAAUCCUUCAGUGAUGGGGAGAGGAAUAAAAUAACCUUCAUCCUACAGAACAGAGAGAUGACAUGCUCCCAGAUCAUUCUACAGAUGUGCUUGACUGAAGUGUGUAGGCUUAUUGCAGAAGAACUUACUAACCGACCUUUUUCUGUGACAGUUGUGACCACCCAGUCCCCAUCACCGUAAAUUUCACUAUAGUUAACCUUACCCCACCUUCCUACCUUUUUUUCUUUUUUUCUUCCCUCCCCCUUCUAUAUUUUUUUCCCCAUUUAUGGACUUUUUUUUUUCCUUGAAGCUGUUUGGCUGGUUGGUUUUAGUACUGUAAACUGCUUCUGAGCAAACACAGAAAAAUUAGCAAAAUUAUGUAACUGAUUCUGAAGUUUUAGAAUGGCAAAUAAAUGUACAAUUGUUUACAUAACAGAGAUGGCUAAGCAGAGAAUUCAAUAUGUCAGUAUAGAAGCUCUACACUGUGUAGACUUAAAUUAAUGUGAGAUGUACCUUCAUAUUCUGAAAUCUGGAUGUUACCUUCAUACAUUAAAAUAUUAAUAAGCAUAA